AUGGACAGCGAGUACAAACUAUCACAUAAGGCUAAAAAACGUAUAAAAGAAGUCAAACGAAAAGCUCGACCAGAAUUAGUUGAUAAACACCAAUGGACUGCCUUAAAAUAUGCAUCAAACUUUGAAGAAUUCCUAAAAUGUAAUGAUAAUGUAGAUAGAAUUGAUGCCAGUAUAACUUCACCUCAAGAAUUUAUAGAGAAAUAUGAAAAGAUUUAUAAGCCAGUAGUUAUUACAAAUGUUCAAACUAAUUGGCGUGCAAACCAUAAAUGGACACUUGAGAGACUUGCCAAAAAGUACAGGAACCAAAAAUUUAAAUGUGGUGAGGACAAUGAGGGUUAUAGUGUUAAGAUGAAAAUGAAGUAUUAUGCAGAGUAUAUAAGGACAACGACUGAUGAUAGUCCACUGUAUAUUUUUGAUAGUAGUUUUGGUGAGCAUCCAAGACGAAAAAAGCUCAUGGAUGAUUAUGAAGUACCCUUAUAUUUUAGAGACGAUUUGUUUAAAUAUUGUGGAGAAGAGAGAAGACCUCCAUAUCGUUGGUUUGUGAUGGGCCCUCAAAGAUCUGGUACUGGCAUUCACAUUGAUCCUUUGGGCACCAGUGCUUGGAAUGCACUAGUUUUUGGUCAUAAAAGAUGGUGCUUGUUCCCCACCAACACACCCAGGGAAUUGAUUAAGGUAACUGGUGCAAUGGGAGGUAAACAGAGGGAUGAAGCUAUUACAUGGUUUAAGUUAAUUUAUCCCAAAACCCAACAAGACUCAUGGCCAAAGGAAUAUGCUCCUGUGGAGAUACUCCAAAAGCCAGGUGAAACUGUCUUUGUUCCUGGAGGUUGGUGGCAUGUAGUGCUCAAUCUUGAUGAUACAGUGGCUGUCACACAAAACUUCUGCAGUCGCACUAAUUUCCCGAUUGUAUGGCACAAAACUGUCAGAGGCCGUCCUAAAUUGUCUAAGAAAUGGAUAAAAGUACUUGAAGCAAAGGAACCCGAGUUAUAUAAGAUAGCUAGUGGUAUUGAUCUUAGUCAGGGAACAGGGGUAGCUUCAGAUAGCUCCUCAAACAGCAGUUCCUCCAGUAGUGAUAGUGACAGCUCGUCAUCUAGUUCCAGUGAAGAUGAUAGUGGUCAAGAGAGCAUCUCCGCUUCAAAAAAGAAGAGAAGAAGGAAAAUGUAA